AUGGCGCCAGCGUUUACCGCAGAGACCAUCCGCAGCCAUCCCGAUCGACCCUGCGCUCCCCAGGCCCCGUUCCAGAAACCACUCUCUCAGUCAGACCUAAAGCCAUUAGCCGAGCCAGCCUCCGAAGCGCCUCGAGGAGCACCGGCUCUCGCGCAACAAGCACCAGUUGCGAUGAAUUCAGUGGCGACGCAGUGCGACGGUGCCGGCGCCAUGGCUUCUCCGCUGGACGAGAAAAACACGGCCGUUUGGGACGCGAAGAGACUCUUAGACGACGCGGAAAUGCCGGUGGCGUGGGCUGUGGAGGCGUCGCGGCUGUCGCUUUCCAUCGAGAAUCCCAUCCGCAAGAUUACCGACUCUCUCGCCGGCGUGCUCGCCGCAACUUCUGCGCCUGCUGCGUCCGAUGCCGCGCCUGUCGCUCCUCCGAAGCCGCUGAUCUCGUUGGGUCAAGGGGAUCCGACGGCGUUCGGGCAUUUGAAGCUGCCGGAUGUUGCAGUGCGCGCCGUGCAGGACGCUAUAGCGAGUGGUCGCUAUAACGGAUACCCGCCCUCUAAUGGACUGCCUGACGCACGCAGGGCGGUGGCUGAAUUUUGCUCCACGUCAGCACUGGAAACACUCUCUCCUGCCACGUCAGCAGGAUGCGCGCCCACAUGCUCAGCUGCUGACGUGUACAUCACUGGAGGAUGUGGCCCUUCCAUCCAACUGUGCCUAGACGCGCUCGCCAAUCCGGGCAGAAAUAUUUUGCUGCCCCGCCCGGGAUUCCCGGUCUACGAGUGCAUGUGUCUGCACUCUGGCUUGGAGCCCAGAUUUUACGACCUCCUGCCCGAGAAGGACUGGGAGGUGGAUCUCGGGCAGGUUGCAAAACUUCGUGAUGCAAACACGGUGGCUAUACUGGUGUGCAAUCCAGGGAAUCCCUGCGGCCAGGUCUAUUCUCGGCAGCAUCUGGUGGAGAUCCUCACCACAGCAGCUGCUCUCCGCCUACCAAUCCUAGCUGACGAGGUGUACGAGGGCAUCGCUUUCCAGGAAGCUUCGCCCUUCAUCCCUUUGCGGGCUGCCGCCAUGCAGCUAGCCCUGCAACAUCCGCCACAACCCCAGCAAUCCCAUGCCGACCACGCUGCUAACUCGACUGCAGCAGCUGGCAGCAAUGGGAUGGUUGGUAACGGGGUGCAUGUGGAAAAUGGUAACGGGCCUGUUGUUAGUGGAGGAGAGGCAACCCAUGAAGCUGCGCCGAAGAAAGCAUCUAUUACAGCAGCAGCGGCGGCAGCAGCAGCAGCGGGCAGUGUGCCGAUACUGACAGUCAGCUCGUUGUCGAAGCGAUUCCUGGUGCCGGGGUGGAGGGUGGGGUGGAUUGCAGUGCACGACCCUCGCCACGUCCUGAGGGAUGCAAGGGUCAUCGAGUCUUUGGAGCGAAUCCUGCAGUACGCUCCUCAGCCGUGCUCCCUCAUCCAGGCCGCCCUCCCUGCCGUUCUCAACACCACGCCGCCCUCCUUCCUCCGCGACCUCACCUGCCAGCUGGCAGAUGCCGCCCGCACCAGCCUGUCUCGGGUCGGCGCCAUUCCGGGCCUGGAGUGUCCCAGUGAACCGCAGGGAGGGAUGUUCCUCAUGCCUCUCGGGUCGGUGCCGUUUCAGGCCUGGAGUGUCCCAGUGAACCGCAGGGAGGGAUGUUCCUCAUGUCCAGUCCAUUUGUCGCAGGAGUCGCGGUGGCAACGGCAGCUCACUCUUCUUCCGUUCAUUGCACGCGUCUUACAUUUAUCACCCUCCACUUCGUUCCUUUCUCCUUCUCCGUCGUUACAGUCCAGCCCGUUCGUCGCAGGAGUCGCGGUGGCAACGGCGGCUCUCGCGGCGCGGUACGGCAUAGAGGCGUGGCAGGCCUUUAAAACGCGACCCGUGGUGCCGCGCAUUCGGCGCUUCUACGAGGGGGGCUUCCAGCCUACUAUGACGCGGCGCGAGGCUGCUCUGAUUCUUGGGAUCAGGGAGAGUGCAGCGCAGGAGAAGGUGCGGGAGGCCCACAGGCGAGUGAUGACAGCCAAUCACCCAGACGCAGGUGGCAGCGACCUACUGGCGUCCAAGAUCAACGAGGCUAAGGAUGUGCUCAUGGGGCAGUCCAAAGGCAGCGGCUCCGCCUUCUGA